AUGUCUUCCGCUGACGAGUACUCCGACGACGACAUCGGCUAUUAUGAUGAGGACGACGAUGAGAUGCUCGUCGACGACGACGCUACCCCAGGGUCUGCUUCUGAGAUGGAGCUCGACCCUCUGAACGACUUCAACGAAGGGUCCUCACGGAAGAAGAUCUACGAGGUUGACUACGAGAGCCUUUCCCAAGGCGAUGUCGAGAAGCAAAUGCAGGGCGAUGUAGACUACAUUACCAGCAUAUUCGGUGUCACAUCGGACGUGGCAUCCCUGCUAUUACGGCACUUUGACUGGAACAAGGAGAAGCUCAUAGAAAAGUACAUGGACAAUGCUACGAUGGUCUCUGUAGCUGCGGGUAUCACGCCUCCGGAGAAGGCGCCGAGGCGACCCGCUGCCUCCGGUGGGCGUUUGCACUCAUCCUCUGAGUUGUCGAAAGAGAGCCUAAUAGGUCCGCGCCGUUCUUCGCGGCGUACCGCUCCUGCAGCCACCAAGUCUGGCAAGUCCAAGCUCCUAGAACGCGCCACUCCGCCCGCGCGGAACGAGCCGUUCGUCUGCCCGAUUUGCUUCGAUGACAGUCAAACGGAAUUCCUGUCGAUGGUUUGUGACCACAAGUUCUGCAACGGCUGCUGGGCUGCAUACAUCGAGAGCAAGGUCAAGACCGAGGCGGAAAGCCGGAUCACCUGCAUGGCUGAAGACUGCGAUGUCGUCGCGCCGAACGCGUUCGUCAAGCAAGCGUUGGCGGAAGAUAAGGGAACAUGGGAGCGCUUCGAAGAGCUGCUCGUGCGACACUACGUCUCUCACAGGCCGGAGCUCAAGUACUGUCCUUAUCCGUCGUGCACUCAUACCGUGUCGUGUUCGAUCACCAAGGCUUCCUUGGCAACGCAAGUUCCUAUUGUGAUCUGUGGCAACGAGGCGACACACAAAUUCUGCUUUGGGUGCAAUGUUGACAGCGACCAUCGGCCGGUCGUGUGUGCCGUCGCGAGGAUGUGGCUACAGAAGUGCCACGAUGACAGUGAGACUGCGAACUGGAUCAAGAGCAACACCAAGGAGUGUAGCAAGUGCCAGAGCACGAUCGAGAAGAAUGGGGGAUGCAACCAUAUGACGUGCAAGAAGUGCAAGUAUGAGUUCUGUUGGGUCUGUAUGGGCCCGUGGUCAGAGCAUGGUACUUCCUGGUACAACUGCAAUCGGUUUGAUGAGAAGGCCAGUAAGGAUGCUCGCGAUGCCCAAUCCCGUAGCCGGGCGUCUCUCGAACGCUACCUUCAUUACUACAACCGGUGGGCCAACCACGAGCAGUCGAAGAAGCUGUCGGUCGAGUUGUACUCAAAGACGGAGAAGAAGAUGGAGGAGAUGCAGAUGACGUCGGAGCUCUCCUGGAUCGAGGUCCAGUUCAUGAAGAAGGCCGUCGACGAGGUCAUCAAGUGCCGCACAACGUUGAUGUGGACCUACGGCAUGGCGUACUACCUGGAAUUCGGCAACGAGAAGGAACUGUUCGAAGAUAACCAGCGUGACCUCGAGCGUGCCGUGGAGGAUCUGUCCGAGCUGAUCGAGUCGCCGCUUGACCCCGAAGUCAUCAAGACACUCCGUCAGAAGGUGACUGACCGCACUGUGUAUGUUACCAAGCGUAACGAGAUCAUGCUUGAAGACACGGCGCGCGGCUUUCUAGACGGACGGUGGUCAUGGAAUUCUCCUAUCGCGGGUCUGGAGUGA